CAAUUCCGUAACAACGGUCGUAUGAAAACGAGACCGUGAUUUUGACAGGCCUAUGAAGUGCAGUCACUGUCGUGUUCACACUAUUGAACAGUUCUCAAGGAGUUUACAGUUGUUCAGUCAUGGAUACCGAGUAUUUAAGAGCACAUUUGGGAGUGUGUUUGACGGACUGUCUGGCAGAAGUGUGUGAGAAGAGACCAAAAGACCCAAUUGAAUUCAUCGCCCAAUGGCUUUAUAAAUACUUGGACAAUGUCAAUUAUGCCAAAGAGGAAAAGAACAAAGCCAUGCAGCUUCAGAAGGAAAUAGAAGAUUAUGCUAAAGAACAGGAAAUGAAAGAGAAAAUGAAAGAAGAACAAAGGAGAAUGGCUGAAGAAGAGGAAGCAAAGAGAAAGGCAGAAGAGCUAGCACAGGCUGAGGAGAGGAAGAGAAAACAGGCUGAGGAGGCAGAGGCAGUUGCUGCAGCCGAAGCCCAGGCAGCGGCACAGAAGGAAGAAAGUUCUGACAAAGAGGCAAAUAAAACAGAGGGUCAGGAGAAAACAGAUGAGGAAAAACCAGUAGAAGAGAAUUCAGGAGAGGCUGAAACAGCUCCCACAGAAGGGGAAACCCCAGCAGUGACAGAUGCUCCAGCAGACGAAGCUCCAGCAGAGGGACAGUAACUUUUAGACCUGUACAUACAUCUUCAUUCCAUUUUCCUGCCCACACACAAAAACCUGUCUUAGGAUUUAAAAUUGAAAUCACCCAUUACACAUAAUUAAGUUUGUGUCAGAAAGGUCAAACUGAUUCAUAAAUACACAAGCACUAAUACCUAAUGCAUUCCGGUUUAUUUUAGGAUGCCUGUCUGGUCAAUUAUUUUAAAUGUACGUAUUCACCUUGUAUCAGAAAUAUUGAUGUCGAGAUAUGUCUAUAUUGAUGUUAAUGUCUUUGGAUUGUAAUAUCAGCAGAAGUUUCAGGGUUACUUGUACAUAAAAAAUAGAUGAUUGUGUGACUAGUCAUUUUUGUGAAGAUACAUAUUAAACUGUAAUCAUCA